UGCCCCCGUCCGGUCCCCGAGGCUUCUCCCUCUGCGUCCCGCACUCGCGAUCGCCCCGUUCUCCAGGCCCUCACCAGCCCUUGCCCAGACCCGGGCGAGCGGUGGCGUCCCUACCGUGUGACCCCGCGUUGCACAAUGCCGCGGAGCAAAGUCUCCCGAGGGUGUGAACCCCAGUGUCCCUGCCCCUGGGCGGGGACGGGCGGCGGCAGUGCGGGGAGCCGAGGCAGCCAGCGUGCAGCCGCCCGGGUCGCGAGCCCCGAGCCCGCAAGUCCCUGGAAGCCGCCGCAGGCCCCCGCGUUGCUCGGCGCCGCCGCCAGGCCCGCGCGCAGCUCCCCUCAGGCCCGCGCCGCCGCCGCCGCCGCCGCCGCCGCAGCCAUGGCGGAAGUUCAUAGACGUCAGCAUGCUCGGGUUAAAGGAGAAGCCCCCGCGAAAUCCUCCACACACAGAGAUGAGGAGGAGCUGGGGAUGGCGUCGGCCGAAACGCUGACCGUGUUUCUGAAGCUGCUGGCCGCCGGCUUUUACGGCGUGAGCUCCUUCCUCAUCGUGGUGGUGAACAAGAGCGUGCUCACCAAUUACAGGUUUCCCUCCUCACUAUGUGUUGGACUUGGCCAGAUGGUGGCCACAGUGGCAGUUCUCUGGGUGGGAAAGGCCCUCCGAGUAGUCAAGUUUCCUGACUUUGACAGAAAUGUACCUCGAAAGACGUUUCCACUACCUCUACUAUAUUUUGGGAACCAAAUCACGGGACUGUUCAGCACAAAGAAACUGAACUUGCCAAUGUUUACAGUUCUGAGGAGGUUCUCCAUCUUGUUUACAAUGAUUGCUGAAGGAGUUUUACUCAAGAAAAGUUUUUCUUGGGGCGUUAAAAUGACUGUAUUUGCAAUGAUUAUUGGAGCCUUUGUAGCUGCCAGCUCCGACUUGGCAUUUGAUCUGGAAGGAUAUGUUUUUAUUCUGAUAAACGAUGUCCUGACAGCAGCAAAUGGUGCAUACGUAAAACAAAAAUUAGAUUCAAAAGAGCUGGGAAAAUAUGGUCUGCUCUACUACAAUGCACUGUUCAUGAUUCUGCCCACCCUGGCCAUUGCAUAUUUUACAGGAGAUGCGCAAAAGGCGAUGGAAUUCGAAGGCUGGGCCGACGCUCUGUUUCUGCUGCAGUUUACCCUCUCCUGUGUGAUGGGGUUUAUCUUGAUGUACUCCAUAGUGCUCUGCACUCAGUAUAAUUCUGCUCUUACAACUACAAUAGUUGGCUGUAUUAAGAAUAUAUUAAUAACUUAUAUUGGAAUGGUCUUUGGUGGAGAUUAUAUUUUCACAUGGACAAACUUCAUUGGCUUAAAUAUCAGCAUUGCUGGGAGCCUGGUGUAUUCCUACAUCACGUUCACUGAGGAGCAGCUGAGCAAGCAGUCGGAGGCAAGCAGCAAGCUGGACACUAAGGGGAAGGGAGCCGUGUGACCAGAGGAUUACUGCAGCUCCGUAGGCCCGAGAUUGGGCCAGCAGACACUGGCAGUUCCUACGCAGAAACGGAGGUGUCUUGAUCAUGGAGAAAAUACCAUUCCUUUGCACUUGUACAAUCUGAAGAUUGAUUGCUGCCUUUUAAAUUUUUAUGAGAGAAACUUAUAAUUGACUCUAUUUUAAAUAUGUUGUUUGAAUUAAUUUAUAUUAGACGGGAAAAUAUCCUGGGCUUUUUAAUUUAUUUUUCUUCUAUGCCGACAAUGAAACAUCAGUGUUUUGCAAAUAUUUUAUUUCCUAGUUUGAUAUCCAGGGGUCCCUGAGAGCUGCAUAUUUUCAUGUGCUCCAGCUGGAGCCUCGUCAUUCAACUUGUCGCUGAGCCUGGAGACACAGCCUUUCUUCUUCUGGAAGUGCAGCCAGAUUUUUGGAAUUUCUCUGCUUUGAGUUUUAUUUCCUACGGUUACGUUGUCUUCAUGAUAUCAUCACUGUGGCUGCCACAGAACACAACUUUGGCACUGAAAAAAAUAGGUGGGGCUCUGAAGGGUAUGGGCUUCCCUGAAAACUCAGGGGACGAGCAGAGUCCAUUCCUGGAAAGUAUGUGUUCCCUCUUUGUUGUGUGGAUUGGGAUCAUGAAGGGACAGGAGUAGGUCUUUCACUCAGUUUUUGAUCGACCAAACUCGCUAAUCCAACUACAAUGUGUCACGUUUGUGCUGGGCAUUGUGCUAAGUGCCAGGGAUACAGGGACGUCUUGGGAGGUGGCCGAACGCUGUUACUGCUGCCAUAGUGACUGCCGGUAGGAUAAAGAACUUGGCUCUGUCAGUCCAUCCAGGAGACCUUGUGACUAGAAGCGGGUUGUUUCAGCUCUCAGAAACUGCAGACAUGUACGUGGGCCUGGAAGCCCCUGCCCCAGCUCGUCUGCAGCAGCGGGCCUCCCCAUCCCAGGAGUGAGGUGAGCGCAGGGGAGGAGCUGCGUUAUGUAAACCAGGGCAGCCCACCACUGACCCCCUUCUUCUCAGAGAAAAUGGAGGACAGGCAAGGUGACCGCCAUCUGUUUCCGCAUGCCACCGUCCAUCUGGGUUCUGUGGCUGCUGUUUCAGCCCCGUUACAGUUUAGCAUGGCGAUGUCCCAUGUUUCAGAGCCUAGGGUUUGAGGAGGAAGGCUGUUAGGGUUGGCCUUUCUGUGGCCACGUGAGUGUUACAGCUGCCGUCCCUCCCCUCCUUCUAAGCGAGGAGCACACCUCUCUCCUUUGGACACGCCCGCCUGCAUCCCGCGCCCCUGGGCUCACUUCAUGAGCUUGUCAGUUUCUCUUCAGACCAGUUCUGUGUUCUGGGAAGGCAGCCUGAGUUGCCUCUUUGGAGGCAGGGGUCGUGAAUCGUGCACAGUCUGUGACUUGGUGCUGAGCGUCUUUGCCCAGGCCCAUUGUGCGGUCGGUAUGUCCGAGGCUGGGUACCUGUAGGCUGGUGUGCAGGCUAGCUUCUGUUUUACUGGUUUUGGAAUCCAGUGGGCUCAGCUGACCUGAACAGUUGGUACUUUGGUAUCUCAGAAAGAAACAAAAAGGAUUUUUUUUUUUCUAUUUCAAAAGUUAUAUUGAGGUCAUUCCUGUCUCCCUGGUUUUGGUUUGUCGCUGUGAAAGCCUGGCCAGUGGUGCUUUGUUCCUAGUGUGAGCCCUGCAGUCAACUCUGAAGUUCCAAGUUCCGUGUGAGAGCCAUAGGCCCACUUUUUUUUUUUUUUUUUUUAAGCAUCAUCUGACUUGAGAAUAGGAUAGAAUCUUGUGUCAUGGAUCCUGUUGCCCGUCUUUUACCUGUAAGAAAACAAGCCUCAGAGAAAACUGACUUAUCAAAAACCAAAAUCCGUGUGCUUGCCCUUGAACCAGGCUGUCAUUUGAUUAACUGCCCUUCCCCUCUUAGGGGGUCAGGAAACUUUGCAAAUCCGAGUGAGUGACAGACAGGUCAUCCUCUGUCUCGGAGAGUUCAUCUGACUUCCAGGCCGACCUCAGCUGAUCGGCAUUUCUGGCUGUGCGUGUUGCCUGCCACGGCCUGGUUUUUGCCGAGGUGCACUGGAAGUGCCUGGUGAGAGCUAAUUUUGGCCAUCUGGAUCCUUCUGUCACAUAUGUGAAGCAGAGAACUUUGACACUGGCAGUGAUUUUUAUUGAGGAAUUUCUUACUGUUUAGGAGGUGUUGGCCUAGAACCUGACCGGGGGCUGAACUGCUUCUUAGGGGUCAGGUUCCCUUGAAGACCUGCCACGGCUCCAGGUUUACUUGGGAAAAUCCCGAGAAAUACAACUUCACUAAAUGUAGGUGACAGGCUUCUAUACCUCAGGGACCUUGCUGGGCUGCCCCUGCUGGCCGAACCAAGCCGUGCAGCAACGGGGAGCUUCUUCCCUGUCCCUGUUCCGAUUCCUGGAUGCCUCCUUCAGCCGCCACCAACGUCUCGAGAUAAGAGAGUGCGGCCUGGGUAAGAUGGAGAUAAAACAGACUGGCCACUGGUUUUGGAGUUGAUGUUUUCAGUUAUGUGCAGGCCUGUGUAAUAUACUGGAGAGGUACCGGGUAUUCUGAUACCCCCCAGAAUGUCUACAUUUUGCCCCAAGUUUGGUAUCUUACCUGGAAAAAAAUUCUUUGACCUAUUUCUCUGUUGGGGGAAAAAGAAGCAGGUUAAAUCCUUGCCCAUGAAACAGAUGAGCCGUGGUGGGAAUUCUGAAAGCCAGAUUCUGUGACUAUCGACUCCUCUUCCUUGAAUUAGUGAAAGUGAAGUCUUCCUUAGCCAAAAUGCUUUUGGCAAUGCAGGAAGGAUUAGAAAAACCCUAGCUGGCCUGACUACAAAUAGCCAGCAAUGUCUCAUGAGUUUCCAUUGCCCCACGUGGCUGUUACUCUGAGUCAGUCAUUCCGAGGGUUCAGCCUGCAGCACACCUGCUUGUUUUCGGCAGGCCUGUUGUUUCAGGCAGCUGUGGACGGUUUUGGUCGGGGAAGCUGAGGCACAGUGCUCAUGGAAAGAAUGGCGGUUUCACAUGGGAUCGGCUUGGCAUGGUACCGAGGGCUUUGGGCCUGCCUCUACUUUCCUUGUUACGGCCUCAUUCGGCGGGCAAAGACUUGACAAGCAGCUGUUGGACGCAUGCCAGGCGUUUUGCUGUGCUUGGGGGAAACAGCUGAAUUGGCAUCAUUCUUAUGCUCGAGGAGCGGCUAAUUCUCUAGCCAGGGCUGGUGGCCCGAGCCCUGCGGGGGAGAACUGAGCCAGAGGCAGGGUGAGCUGUAGCCAGAGCUGCUGCAGCGUCCUCGGGGUCACUGCUUCUCGGGGUGCCUCACCCACAGAGCGAGCGCAGGUCUUCAGGCUUACUCACUGUUUAUGUGGCUCUGAGAUGAGCGAGGCGGCUCUUCAGAUUCCGAGAAGUGCCUGAGCCUCCUCCUCGGCAGCUCAAAUCCUGACUUCCCAGGAACCCUGUGAUCCUGCCUCCUCCAGGGAACAAGUCCGUAAUGUAUUUUUCCCUCCCUGAGGAGGAAAUAGAACAAAUGAGAUAACUUAGCACAAUGCCUAGUACGUAGUAGACAUUCAGCAGACGUGGCUACCAGCACUAUUGCGUGGUGAGACUCCAGGCAAAACGAGGCUGUCCAUUUCUUCUCCUAAGAGGCUGAGGCCUGGGACGUGUGUGUCACUUCCUGAAGGAGGUGGCCUGGACACGCUGCAUCCAGAUGCUUGAAGGUGACAGUGGGCCUUCUCUCUUGUUUAUUCAAUACCUUUCCAGGCAAAAUUGUGGCUGUGUUGUGAUGUGGGUGAUUGACUGUACCUGUUUUUAAAGAAAGAAUGAAAUUGCUUUCACGCUGUGAUGGUAAAUUUCAAGUGAGGAAAACUGUUUUCUGCAAAGUACUUAGGUUUCCGAAUGGGAGCUCAGUUGGCUUUCCCUGUGUGUCAUCUUCGGUAGCUCCUGCACAGCCAGCCACACAGCCCUUUGCCCUCUCUGAAUUGACUGCUCUUGACUUGUGCUGCCUGUUCCAGGCUGGUCUCAGCUGUCGGAGAUGUGAGCUCUGGUGUUCACCUGUCUUCUAGGACUUACUGUUUGGGUGCCACGUUGUGAUAUAAGGAGAUAUUCUACAGUGUUUUGUUUUUUAAGCUUUAUUUUGAAGAUAACUUUUUAAAGAGAAAUCUACUGGUUAGAUUUAUUGUCUCACAAAAAUAUUUUUAGAGAUUAUUUGUUCACAAAUGUUUUCUUUCUCAUGCAGAUGAUCAACUGAUUUUUGUCUACAAAUGGUAGUCUCUCUCAAUAUUUUUUCAAUAUAGAUUCUAUUUACCAAAUGACCAUUCUAGUGUUUUUAAAAGGUACUGAGGAUUGAGAGAUGUAAAUUGGGUGACAUAAACAAGAAAUUAUGUGCCUAAAUAUUUUUGUAAGUGUUAAAUAAAUACUUUUUCCUGAAAA